AUGACAGUGGUAUACCCUCAUCUCUGGGCAGCAUCGGUCCUUGCCUGGCAUUUGGGCACUGCCCUUGCCGGCCCUGUGCCUCAGCCGGACUCUUGUCCCGGUGGCGUGCGCACCUUGGUGACACAACAUAGUCAGAUCCGGACUGUCACUCCGGUUCUCGUCUCGACACACUGUCCGUAUGAUAUGGACAUUGUCAUUGACCAUGCCAAUACCAUCCGUUGUUCAAACGCGCCCACCGACAUCUCCACGGUCAUCACAAUCACCAAUACCGACAGCCCUGCCGUGACGAGGCCAGAGAAGGGCCCAACCGCGAUGCCCACGGAGACGGGGAAGCCCCUUCCAUCUAAUACAGGGUCUGUCGGGGCAGGAUCCGGUGGCGCUCCUGGACAAAGCUCUCUUGUCGAUGGCAUCGACAAUGGCUUUAGCAAGCCGGCUGGUUCUGCAACAAGCGGCUCUGGUGACAGGCCUACUGAUACUGACGGCUCCAAUACUGACGGACCGAGCACCCCCUCGGAUGCUUAUGCCAGCUCAGUGCCAUCCAAACCGGAAGGAAAUUCUUCUGGCCACCCCAAUACAUCCACCUCUGCUUCGGAACUCCCUUCUGCAACCAGUUCUCUUGACAGAGACAAGACCAACGGAAACCUCGCAGACGCCAGCCUCGCAGGCAACAACAUCCCAGACGGAAUCAUCGCAGACAGAAGCCGCCGGCGAUACCGCAACAGGUUCGUCUGCGUCAUCAUCGCAGACGCCAGCCUCGCAGGCAACAACAUCCCAGACGGAACCAUCGCAAACAGAAGCCGCCGGCGAUACCGCAACAGGUUCGUCUGCGUCAUCAUCGCAGACGCCAGCCUCGCAGGCCUCGACAUCCCAGACGGAAACCUCGCAGACGCCACCCUCGCAGGCCUCAACAUCCCAAGCGGAAACAUCGCAGACAGAAGCCGCCAGCGAUACCGCAACAGGUUCGUCUUCGCCAUCACCGGCCACCCCUUCAUCAGCGUCGACAACUACCUCAACGCCAUCCACCACCUUGACCACCAGCACUCAGACCUCUUCUUCCACCUGUACACCAGCAGCGCCUACCAAGGUCUGCGCUCCAGGACUUCCUCAAGCCUGUAA